CUGAGAGGGAGCCAUUGGGUAAAUCUUGCCCAAUCUAGUACCUGUAUCUUCGAUGGCAGAGGUUUUCAGCAACAUUCUUUAACAUAAGGCACAUAACCACGAGCGCAUCAUGGCAAAUCAUUCAAUCCUUACUGUCCUCUAGCAUUCUGCUAAAAAUCCUGACCUUCUUCCAGCUUUAUCAUACUUCUAGCUUCUCUUAAAGCUACUUUUUCUGAUCUCAAAAUUAUUUUAACAGUAAAUAGCAGAAGUCAUCUGAAAUUUAGCUAUGAUCAGAAAUCCAAAUCACACACACUUUGUCUGCUGCGCUGUUUGUAAUAAACUAAUUCCACCAGCCCCUUUUGGAGAAACCUUCAAACGGAUCCACGAAUACAAGCCAUUUAAGACACGCUUUUACACUCACAGAGAUAUCCUGGAUAUUGGGGAAAGUAUUCUGAAUAAAGAAGAGCAAUCUCAAGAGGCUACUAUCAAAGAACGUAUUGCAAAAGCUGAAGCAGAUGUAUGGAAUCAGGCUAUUGAACUCCAGAAGCAAGCAGUGGAGAAAGCACUUGAAGAAGCAAAUGACAGACAUAAAUUUGAAAUUCAAAUUUUGGAAGAGAAACAUCAAAAAGAUUUACAGGAAAUGGCAGUUAAAACCAAGAGAGAGGUGUUUGUAAAUAUGGAUGAUGAAAUGAAGAGAGAACACAUGGCUGCGGAACAGCGCAUGGUGCACAGAAUCCAAAGGAUUAUGAUGGAGUGCCACCGGGAGAAGGUGGAGGCUGUGCGGAAAGCCAGGGAUGAAGAAAGGCAGAUCGCCCAGGAAGCAAUCCAGGCUCAGAGAAGCAAGGCCAUGGAGGAACUUGUGAAUAGUGGUGUGUCAGUUCUCAAUGAUCAGAAGACAAACAUGGCCCAAUUGAUUAAGGCAAAAGAACAUGAACUGAACAUCUUCUAUGGCCUGGUUCACAGGAAGAAGCAAGAAGAGGCCCAGGAAGUGCUACAAGAAGCAGAGAAAACACAUAAGGCCGUGCUUGGCAACGUCAUGGGUAAACUGGUUAACACCCAGGGGGAGCUGCUGUCCAUAGUGAAACAACUGGGAAUCAUGACAAACUGGAAGGAUUUUCUGGAGGAAGAAUUACAGGAAACCAGGGCAGCAUUUCAAAAAUACAUCAACUAUACUUUUCCUAAGCUUUCACCAGGACAGGCUGAUUUUAUAAUGCCAGAAAGAAAGAAAACACCUUCCAACCUUAUUAUUAAGGAGGAUGAAACAGUACUUAAUUAUAAGUCUUCAAAUUGAAAUAUCACUACAAAAAGACAUCAUUCCAAAGACUAAAUAAAUUUACUCAAAAGCCAUUUAUUGAUCCUCAGUCUUAUUCAGGGAACUAUUGGGCUGUAAGCAUUUUUAUGGAAAACCAAAAUCUUCAAAAGCAAGUAUUUCUUUAUAUCAAUCUAUUGGCUGGCCUUCAGCCAGAAGGUAGAAAGCUUCACAACCCACAGGUUAGACUUAGCUUUACUCUUGAGUCUCGGACCACUUCUCCAGGUCACAGUGAGCACUAACUGAGGAGAGAAAAACUUGAGAGGAAUCAAACUAACUAAAAGGUUUCUUGGAGGAACACUCUCUGUGUCUGGCAUUAUUCAUUUUUAUAUCAGACACAUAACUCUUUUGGAAUGUGUUGCAUUGAAAACAGAGGGACCUGUUCUUAGAUUGUUUUUCCAUUGUGCAGCGGUAUGCUAGCUUCUAGUAGAGAGAUUAUUAUUAUUUGAUGAACUGCAGUAGCACUGUAGAAAAGAAGAAUUAUCCGUGAAUUCAUUCAAAGAAAAUUUAAAUUCUGAGACUUCCAUAUCAAACAAUUCAAGAAGACUCAUUUUAAAAAGUAUUUAUUAUUUAUUAAUUUAUUUGAAAGGCAGAGUUAUAGAGAGAGAGGUAGAGAUGGAGAGAGAGAUUUUCCAUCUGCUGGUCCAUCCCACAAAUGGUCCCAAUGGCCUGGAGUGCAUCAGGCUGAAGUCAGGGCCCAGGGGCUUCAUCUAGGUCUCCCACAGGGGUGGUAGGGGCCCAAGCGCUUGGGCCAUCUUCCACUGCUUUCUCAGGCACAUUAGCAGAGAGUUGGAUGGAAAAUGGAGCAGCCAGGACUGGAGCUAGCAGCCAUAUGGGAUGUAGGCAGCAGUUUAACACACUGUGCCACAACGUGGGGCCCAUUUACAAUUUCCACUUGUGGAGGAGAAAUGUGUCUUUGGAGAUCAGGCCCCUGCUCCUAGGGACAGAGAGUCCCAGGAAUGCCUGGCACGCAUGUCCGUGAGUCACAGUGCAGAAAGCCUUUAGGUGCAACAAUGCUCAUGGCCACCAUAGGUCAACAUUUACUAAACUGAAAUGCAAGAACAACCAAGUCAUAAAGCUUUCUCUAAACAUCUGUGCACUAUAAAAUGCCAUCUCUAAAUUAUUUAUCACCUACCUAUAUUGGUUGCCUUAAAGUUAAAAACCUGGAAAUCAGUUUUCAGUAAAUUCACAGUGCCAUUCUCAUGAAGGUUUUAGGGAGAUUUCUGUACACUGAUCAGCCUGAGAUUUCCUAAUGGCAAGAGCAGCCAUUUGCUUAUAAUUACAUAAUGGACUGUACGGUCCUCAGUGUUUUACUUCUGGAUACUGCAGGACUCUGUUCAUCCUAACUGAUUGUCAAAGGGCUGGAAGUAAUGACAUUCACUACCAGAUACUAACAUUUACAUUUAAAAACAUUAACAUUUCAUCCACACAAUGACAUUUGAAAGUAACCAUUACUGCUCCCAAUUUGUAGAAAGGGAAACUGGCUUAGGAAGAGUAAAUCACGUUCCCUAGGGCGCAUAUAGUGAGUGACGGCGCCAGAAUUCAAAACCCUGUGUUACAAGGUGCAGAGAGAUGGGUGCGUAGGAAGAUGAGAGGUUUUUCAGGAUUGAGUCAACAAUGACAGCAGCUUACAUAGAGUACAUUACCGUAUAAAUUCAUUCAAUUUCACAGCAAUCUAUUAGAGGAGUAGCCAGAAAGAUACAUUUGAAAUACAUAGAAAUGAGGUACAGAAAGGUUGAGUCGCUUUUCUCAAGUCGGAUACAGCUGGUUAGGGACAGAGCCCAUUACAGACCCAGGUGUGCCUCUUAAGUCUCUGCCUUUGGACAUCAUUUUGUUCAACCUGUGUGCAAAGGCCUCCAUGCCCCAUUGCAAUGAGGGCUGGAAGAAUGCUGUGUCUUCGAUGUCUUGUAUCGUGUUUAUCUCUCUAGAGGUUAAAGGAAAUUGCAUUUGUUGAAAUUGUAUUUAUUGCAUGUCCUCUCUUGCAGUUAUCCAAUACCAUAGGGAACUGAGGGAAACCAUCCUAAAAGGUCUGCUUCAUUGCUAUUGUUAGGUGUUUCUCCCUUGGCACUGGGACACGGUAAGGUGAGUAACAUGAAAAGAGACCAGGACAUUCGUUUUGGUGUGGAAAAGGAACCUAGCUUCUCAGUUUUUGACCAAAUUGGAAGAAAUAAAAUUAUCUGUAUUUCUAUUAUUGCUCAUGUUCAUACUCCAGUCUCUACUCCCACCCAAUUCCAAUCACCCUUUUGGGUUUUUAAAGUAAUUUGGAUGCUUCUGAAAAGGGAAGAGUUGAAGAUUUUGUUAUUGUCCUGAUCCUUUAAAAAAAAAAACAUUUAUUUUAUUUUUUUGAAAGAGUUACAUAGAGGUAGAGACAGAGACAUCUUCCAUCUGCUGGUUCACUCCCCAGAUGGCUGCAAUGGCUGGAGCUGGGCCGAUCUGAAGCCAGGAGCCAGGAGCUUCUUCCAGGUCUCCCAUAUGGCCUAGGGGCCCAAGGAGUUGGGCCAUCUUCCACUGCUAUCCCAGGCCAUAGCAGAGAGAUGGAUCAGAAGAGUAGCAGGCCGGUGCCGUGGCUCACUAGGCUAAUCCUCCGCCUAGCGGCGCCGGCACACCGGGUUCUAGUCCCGGUCAGGGCGCCGGAUUCUGUCCCGGUUGCCCCUCUUCCAGGCCAGCCCUCUGCUGUGGCCAGGGAGUGCAGUGGAGGAUGGCCCAGGUGCUUGGGCCCUGCACCCCAUGGGGAGACCAGGAAAAGCACCUGGCUCCUGGCUCCUGCCAUCGGAUCAGCGCGGUGCGCCGGCCGCGGCGGCCAUUGGAGGGUGAACCAACGGCAAAAGGAAGACCUUUCUCUCUGUCUCUUUCUCUCUCACUAUCCACUCUGCCUGUCAAAAAAAAAAAAAAAAAAAAAAAAAAAAAAAAGAAGAGUAGCAGCCGGGACUCAAACCAGCACCUGUAUGGGAUGCUGGUGCUUCAGGCCAGGGCUUUAACCCGCUGCACCAUAGCACAGGCCUCUGUCCUGAUCCUUGACCCCUGCUGGUGACUGGACUCCCCGCCCUCUGCCUGGUAUCAUGAGGAUGAUCACAAGUUAUAGGAUCAGAGCAGACUGAGCUAAUUCCAGUCGCUGCUUGGCUUAUACCAUGGAGUCAGCACCAAAGCACAGAGGGGAAGUUCUUGAUUCAGUUCCCUUGUUCUCACUUAGACCAAAGUAAAGAACCAUAUUUUUGUUCUUAACCAAAUCUUUCACCUUGUUCUGAUCACCUCAGCCCAUAGUUCUCUUUCUAGCUUGGCUGUCUCCCAGAUAAUAUACUCCUGAGCAUUAUGCUUCAAAGUGGAUGGAUAAUUUUCCUGAAAAGAGCAGAAAAAAGUUGAUGAUAGACUAAAAAUGAGACCUCAUUCACAUUUCCAGUAUCCCACUCAUUCUAGUACUUGGGGCCUUUCAACAGUCUCGUUUCCAUGGCCCUAAGGAUGAUCUUGGUGGAUGAAAAAAGAAACAAUAGAAAAUAGAACAAUGACCAUUUAUUGAGCAUGUAUCAGAUAUUACACUAAGCUGUUUACUAAACCUUGUCUUAUGGAAAUCUCACAACCACAUGAAAGGUACCUGCUAUUAUCUCCAUUUUGGAAAAAAGGAAACAGUCACGACAAAGUAAAAGCCUGGCUGAAGAUCACAAGGUUGUUUAGGAAGAAUAUGUGUUUUUCGCAACAACAGCAUAUUUACUUAAUUUAUUAUCUGUAGAAACACUACAGGUGCAAAGAUGACUGCUUUCAAAAUACACUGGAAUUGGGGCUAGCGCUGUGGCCUAGCAGGUAAAAGCCGCCACCUGCAGUGCCAACAUCCCAUAUGGGUGCUGGUUCAAGUCCCAUCUGCUCUACUUCCAAUCCAGCUCUCUGCUAUACCUGAGAAAGCAGUAGUACACAGCCCAAGUUCUUGGGCUCUUGCACCCAUGUGGGAGAUCCAGAAGAAAUUCCUGGCUCCUGGCUUACAAUCAGCCCAGCUCUGGCUGUUGCGGCUAGUUGGGGAGUGAACUAGAGGAUGCAAGACCUAUCUCUUUCUCUCUCGCUGCCUCUGCCUCUCUGUAACUCUGCCUUUCAAAUAAAUAAAUAAAUCUUUUUUAAAAAAUAUACUGGAAUUGUAGCAGGGCAGUUCUGAUUUUUUCUGCAGAACCCUCACCUUGCAGUGGAUGUAGGCUGGGAGCCAAGAAUGAAGGAAGGGCAGAACUGGACUAUCUUCCUUAUGGAGGAGCAAAUCUGUAACUCCUUCCACUGUUUUGAAUGUCAAGAAAGAUUCUCUCACUGCGUCCUAGGGAGAAAUCAGUCGUCUUGUAGCUUGAAGGUGAAAACACUCUCAAAGUCAAAUGAAAAGUUAAUGUGAGUAUAUUUGAAAUCUCACUGGGACCCUUACCCCCAAGGUUUUCCAGUCCAACUGAAAAUGAGACUGAGAUUGAAUCAGGCUAUUUUUAAACAUGAAGAAUCUGAGUAAACCAAUUUUUAGCGUUACUUGAUUUAAGAGCAUUUUAAUAACUCUCCUGGUACUAUUUGAGUACAAUGAGAGAGGCCUCUAUAGGCCUUAGAUGCUAAACUCCAUAUAAGUUAUUAAAUUUGCAACCGUUUUUGAAAAUUAGUUUUCAAGAGAGCUUCAAGAAACACAUUAUUCUGAGGGAGGCAUUGUGAUGCAGUGUGUUGAGUGCCUGGGAUCAAGUCCUGCCUCUGCCUCUACCUCUGCUUCUAUCCAGCUCUUGAUAAUGUGCCUGGGAGGCAGCAGAUGAUGACAAAGUCAUUGGGUCCUUGCCAUCCUGCUGGGAGACCAGGUGGGGUUCCUGGACCCUGGCCAAACUCUGGCUAUUGUAGGCAUUUGGGGAAUGAACCAAUAGAUGGAAGAGUGCUCUUGCUCUCUCUCUCUCUCUCUCUCUCUCUCUUUCUGUCAUCCUUUCUUUCAAAAAAGAGAAAGGAAAGAAAAAAUGUAUUAUUAGUUAUCUGGAUCCUACCUGCACAGCAGGAGUGCAUCCAAAUUAUCUUCAUUUCUGAUCAUUAGAAAGCUGUGUUAAUUUCUAGAGGCCAUCUGGGAACUCAGACUGAAGACUGUUAGAAAUUACUGCUGUUUAAUUUUAUGGAAGUUAUUCUACCAAGAAAUGAGCUUUCUUUGUAGAGGAAAGGGGCCUGCGUGCUGGGAGGCAAAUGUACAGCAUCACUCGGACAACUGGAGAAGCCCCUGUCCCAGUCACAGGCACGGGGCUUAAGCUGUUUGGUAAUCCCUGGACCUUUAUGUUACGAAGAAGUCGUUCUGAUGUUCCCUUCUCGAUCACUGCUUCCAUUCUGCUUCUUUAAAGCUUGCAUUUCUAGUUGAGGGUGGGAGGCACUUAUUUCCUCUGACGCCAUGUAGAUACUAUUUGGCAAAACGUACGUUCAUAUACAGAUCUGAGGAUUUGAUACUCUGCCACCUCUAAUAGACUUUCCUUUGUGCUUGGCUGAGAUGAAUCCGAAAAGAAAGGGAGAAAAUGGCAUCUGUUAAGAAUCAGCUAGGUGGCGUGUAAGUGCUUCCUCUGCUUUGUGCAAUUGCUGCCUUGCAUCAUCCACAUAGAAUAAUCCAGGAUCUUGGAGGCUAGGUUUUCUGCCUAACAACAUUUUAAAGCUGAAGAGUCAUUCAGUGCACUUAUAACUGCUGUCAGAUUGCAGAAUUGUACAUAAGUCCUUUUACCCUCGUUAAUUCCAAAUAAAAACCCUGAAAUGCUGAGUUGAAUAAAGUGAAAGUUUCCCCUUUAAACGUA